CAGUGUUAGUGUUCGUCGUGUCAUAGUCGAGUUUGAGCUGACUUUUUUGUUACUCAUCGCGUCGUCGACGGCUUUGGAGUUUAAUUUUUCCUACUAGGGGGACAUUUUUACGCUCUUUGCUGGAUAAACACAAUGCAGCAGUUUAGCAGAUGGGAGUAAAUUUGUGAUGGAUUCGAAGUGAAAAGGAAGAAUCAAAACAAACCAAAAGUCGACUGAAAGUGAAACAUAUUGUGGGUUGAUAACAUAAAAAGUUCUUUUGUGUUGCAUGGAGUGUUGAAUUGAAGAUCGAUACUGUGUUACGAGAAGUCAGCGAUACAAAUCGAUUCAUUUGGAGUGAAUGUAGAGUGCAGUAAACCAUAUACGUUUUAUGCUCAGUGCUUCAAAUGUAAACUAGUUGCAAAAAGAGAGUUGAAAGCACCAGAGCUGUUAACCACCGUACCGUCGUCGUCGUCCAAGUAUAGAAACGUUGUCGUGGUGGUCGUCUUUAUCAGUCAGUACCCAUCCCCAUCAUCAUCGUCAGCUCUCCGCUCCACAGUCAGCUUAACGCUACGUACGAGUUUAGAAGUGAUCGCCUACGGUUAAUCCGCUAGUUGUGUUCUGCUCAAGAAACUCAUCCGGUGAACCGAGUCGUCGGAUAUUGGCGCAAAGUGGAAGAAGAUACGCGGGAAAGGGAUUUGCGAGAAUACUGUGAUAAAGCCAUUAUAUGGAGAAGAUUGUGUCGACUUAAAGUCAAACAAGUGCUUUUUCGGUUUCUAAAAGUGACAGUGUCUUUUACAGUCCAAGAUAAGGAGUCAUAAAACCCAAGGGAAAAACGAAAUCUAGUCCUACAUUGUGUUCUGUGUAACAAAAUAACGGUGAAACCAAUUGUGUGAGAACAAAAGCCGAGAAAAUACAAUUAGCAACUGUCAAUCAAAAGGAAGCCCGAAGAAAACUAGAGAAGUUCAACCAGUGAUAGUGUGAAUUGAUGUGCAUACAAGUCCCCCAAUAAUUUGAUAACGAAGAACCGAAGAAACCUUCCAAAGCGCCGAAAAAUUCCGUCAAACGUGAAGAAAAUAUUUGUGUGCCAACAAGAGUUUUUGUGAACCAUAGCCCCAAAUAAAGUGCCAAUUAUCUGGACAAACCACCCAAAAAAGAAACCUCCGACAAUAUAUCAUCAACGUGAACCGGCACCGCCGUUCGACGUCGUCGCCAGCAAUCCAUCACCCCCGGGGGCUAGCUCAUGGUUUUUGAUAGUGUGUGCCAAACUUGUUGUCCCGCUCUCAUCAGCAUUCGAACACCGGCCUACCGCAACGAACGCCGCACUACAAUACAACAAUAAGUUCUCAACCAUCAAUUGAGCACUCAGCUUCAAGCAGGCCAACCCAGAGACCCGGUACGGAACAGAGCAUUCGAAUCGGGCACCAAUAAAAUAUUGUUAAAAACAGCCCACCGAUUUCAGUGCGUUUUUUACGCUCCUUCAAGUUACACGGCGAGGAGUGUUGGCUUUCGGGAAGUGAUAUUUUAUUUUUUAUGACACCGCGGUUUCGAACCAUUCAAAAUAGUGUGGAUGCGCGUGUGUUUUGACGGGCUGUGCUUCGCGUCACGGCGACCGGCGGCCGUAGAGCAGGAGACGCAGACGGUCUUGUGCGGCGCAACCGCACUCGAUACUCAGCAUCUCGUGCGUCUGCUGAAGUACGCGAACUUCGCGGCGCCGACCAACGGACUCGGUCUCGCUUUCGGUGCUCCGACGCCCCAGUCCCGGUCCCUGCCCUCAUCCCGUCCUGAUCCUCCUCCUUCUCAAUCUUCACUUAAACCUCCGUCGGGCGCGUCGCUGGUGUCGUCGCCGUCGUCAGUAGCUUCUCUCGGUUCCGCGGGAAAAGAUCUAACUGUUCCGUCGUCAUUGCAAAUUGUCGCGUCAAACGUCGUCGCUGGCACGAUGAAUGAAAACAGUGCUGAGCCAGGACCGUCAACCUCAAUCGAUAAACAACCAACUCCACCACCAAAUGAACCCAUCACCAACAACCUGGAUGCAGCCGACCCCUCGUCCGCCACAACCACUGUCAACAAUGUCAAACAGAUUGUCUUGCUGCCGUGUGACCUUCAGCAGAACCUCUACAUCAACGAUUCGGCCAAUUUCACACCUCGGGAGCAAGAAAUGCUCAAAGUGAUACAGGCCCGAGACAUCCGGAUCCGGGAACUGGAGGACUGCCUACGGCACAAACAUGACGAAGUGGCCGAGCUGCGGAGCCACCUGGACAAGUUCCAGAGUGUGUUCCGAUCGAGUGGUGGUGCCGGUGGGGUGUCGCCCGGAGGACGCAAAAUGGGUGCUACCGGUGGUGUUCAGCGGCAGCGUGCCCAGGGUAUUUCUGCCGAACCACAACGGGACAUUUCCGUGCUGGAGCUGAUGCACGUUUCGUUCCCGAAGUACGACAAGGACGACAGGUAAGCCCACUUCGCACCC